UCCCCCAGAGAUCUUUCAGUGCUGAUCUCCUCUGCCUUUUGUGAAACAGACUAACUUGGCACUCUCAACUUUUGGAGAGGGUCUUAUUUUUACCUUAUUUAAUUCUUAUUUUGUUCGUCGCUUAGAAGUUGUGACACCAGCCAUCAGUGCAGUGCAGCCCACUCUUCUUCUCCUUUUCUUUUUCUUUUUCAUACCUCUGGGUCUUUUUUCUCUUCUGUUUGGAUUCUUAACUUUCUGAGUCUGGUACUUUCUUGAUUUAGAGAGCUCACCUUCCCUUCUCUCUCCCCCUGGUCUCCCAUCCCUUUUAGCUGUUCCUUUUUUCUGUCCUUUUUUCUGGCUAUGCACCAUGCUGUCCUCCCCUACUGUAAUCCUUCAGCCCUACGGACUCCCUGUUUACCCCCAGACAGCCUCCUGCUACCCCAGCAUUGUACAGGGUGCCGCUGCCCAAGAGGCGGGGCCAGGCAAUGGUGACCCUUCACUUUCCCAGGUCUAUGCCCCACCUCCAUCAUAUCCUCCACCUGGACAAGGCCCACCCACACCUGCUGCCCGGCUGCCACCCCUCGAUUUCAGCGCUGCUCAACCAAACCUUGAAUAUUCAGAUCAUCAUCAGUUGAGAGUCUAUCAGGGCUCUCAGCAUGACGGGACAGAGUCUAUAACUGCCAAUACCACGGACGAUUCAUUAGCACCUGUGACAUCCGACCCGCAGUCUCUCAGUGUUUCUGUGGCAUCUGGAAGUGCAACAGGAAGUGGAACUGAGGAAGAAGGAGCUGGAAAGGCUCAACCCAAAAGGCUCCAUGUUUCCAAUAUCCCUUUUAGGUUUCGGGACCCAGACCUCAGGCAAAUGUUUGGGCAAUUUGGCAAGAUUCUAGACGUGGAGAUCAUCUUUAAUGAGAGAGGAUCAAAGGGUUUUGGAUUUGUGACAUUUGAAAGUGCAGUGGAAGCAGAUCGAGCGAGAGAGAAGCUCAACGGAACGAUCGUCGAAGGAAGGAAGAUUGAGGUGAACAACGCCACAGCGAGGGUGGUAACAAAAAAGCCUCAGACACCAUUAGUGAACGCUGCUGGGUGGAAAAUCAAUCCAGUAAUGGGAGCCAUGUACGCCCCUGAACUUUACACAGUCGCCAGCUUUCCUUACCCUGUUCCCACACCGACCUUGGCCUACAGAGGCUCUGCCCUCCGUGGACGUGGUCGGGCAGUUUACAAUACAAUCCGCUCAGCUGCAGCCGCCGCCACACCAGCCGCAGUACCAGCCUAUCCAGGAGUGGUGUAUCAAGAUGGAUUGUAUGGUGCUGAGGUCUAUGGAGGAUAUCCAGCCACAUAUCGAGUGGCCCAGACCGCCUCAGCAGCUGCAGCAGCCACAUACAGUGAUGGAUAUGGAAGAGUCUAUACCACAGCAACAGACCCCUACCAUCACUCAGUAGGACCCACCACCACUUAUGGAGUUGGAACAAUGGCAAGUUUGUACCGUGGAGGCUACAACCGCUUUACUCCGUACUGAAUACAAUCAGCUCUGUGACUCACGUCUGACAAACGAAGAGACUUUCGCUUGCUGUGUGAACUGCUAUCUGCUGAGGAACUGUUUGGUCUUGAGAUUGUAAAUACUGCUAAUAUUUAUUAGGGAAAAAAGGUGAAUCCAGGCUGAAAAUAUAAUCAAUUAUGUUUAAGGACUUUUAUUUAAUUCUUAAUUUAAGAAAAUACCCUACCCAAAAAAAGAAUAGUGCUUACUUAUCAGACAGUGUCUAGCUGAUCAUGUUAUGCACAGUACAUACAGAUACUUUCAUAAUAGUGGCGUGAUAUGGAAGUUAUCAUAUAGACGUUAUCAUAAGUUAUUGAGCCUCACAGGAACAAAGAGUCCCAAAAGACUAAUUUUAUUACAACCUCUGGACCUGUUGCACUGCUGAAGGAUGAUAUACAAUAGAUAAAGACAGAUACCUCUAGUGGAACUUUCCCCAGACUGAGAAAUGCAAAACUCUGAACCUGUCUAGUAUGUAAAGGACUGUGUACGUGUUGGAGUGUCUUUGGAGUGUUCGAGUGUGUGUAAUUUUUCUGCUGUCACAAGCAGUACUGUGAGAUACAGCAAUGGCACUGGGGUUGGUGAUACAUGUUCUCUCUCAAUGUAAUCUACCUCUGAGCUAAACACAUCUUUAUUCUAAACUAAUGCAAACUAUUCACCUGCUUUCUUAUGGCGCUACUUCAAAAUCUUUGUUUUUUUUUUCUUACAAAAAAAUCUGGUGCUUUCCUCUUUGAUUUUCUCUAGUCAAUUCCUGUUAAGUCACGCUGAUCAGUCAUUUGUGGUCCACUAGACAUUCAAAUGCUAUUUUUACUUCAACAAACUUCUGUAUACUUUUUCUGUCUUUAUUCUUCUCUUUUGCCACUCCUUUCAUAUUUAAACCUGUUGUGUGCUUUACUUCCCUUUCCUGUUUGCUUUCAAAUACUUUAUUCUUUCUUAACUAAAGGCUAUGUGCAUUUAUGUCUACUUAAGAUAAUUUUUAAAUGGCAAAUUACUGAAUAAAGAAUUACACAUUAAAACAUUAAUUAAAACAUUUAUUUCGAAGACUAUUUAGAUGUUUUCUAUCAUCUCUACAGAAAUGUUCUGUGCCUUUCUUUCUUUCUGUCUUUCUUUUUUCUCUUUCUUUCUUUGCUUGAUUGUUUUCUUCUACUAACAAAUUUCCUCUUGUUUUAUUUCUCUGUUUCUCUUCUUGUUUUAUCUCUGUUUAUUCCUUCUGUUGGCUGAUUGCUAUGCUUUUACUCGUGCAAAUCUUUUUGAUCUUGUAAUCUCAUACUUUGACUCUUCUUUCACUUUGACUCUCACUGCGCACAAGGCUGAUUAUUUAUUCUCAUAGCUAAUUUCCUACUAAUUUUGCCCCUUGGGUGCUUUUCAUUUUCUGUAUGCUUUCUUUUCACCUCUCUGCUCUUCUUUUUUCUUACACUUCCUUCCUGUCUUAUGUUCGCUUUCUUCAUUUCUUCUGCAUUAACUUGUUAUGCUUUAGAUUUCCCUGCAUUUCUCGUAGUGUUCUAUUUAGAGUUUAUUAUUCAUUUAAUAAUUCCCUUCUCUUUUUUCUCUCUCUCUCUUUCUACGAGACAGCUUGAUUAUUUUAUCUCACAGCUAUUACAGGACCCUAUGAUGUCAUUGCUGUAUCAUGUUUUUGUUUUUGUUCUUUUUCAACUCACUAAAGUGUAAGCUAUUCUGUGGCUGAAUUGUACAUUAAAGUAGUUUAAUUAUGUAA